UUUAGUACAAGUAUUUACUCGAUUUCUUGGUUGUUUUAGGCGGAGAAUUCACUGUAGGGGACUUUUAGUGCUUAAAAGUGGCCUACCGUUACGUUUAUACGAGCUCUACUAUUAUGGCUGCAAAUUUAGGAAACUACUUUAACCCUAUCGUCCUGACUGACGAUGAAGACGACGACCAUCAUCCACCCAUUGACCAUAGAGAAUAUGAAGAACUGCAUUGGAUAAUGCGUCGCAUCUUGAGGAGACACUAUGCUAGGGAUGAUGAAGUCAUCAUAGAAAUGGAUCAUGCUAGAGGAACUACCAGGGAAGACAUAUAUGAUGCAUGUAUGAGGGUGGAAUCUGAACCUGAGGAAGAUUUGGACACCAUACCUACUAGGCAGUCUAAGAUCAAGAGGAAAUUCGUUGACUACUAUGAGACUGACGAAGAGGACGAAGUUAGUGAUGAAGACUUUGUACCUCAACAAUAUAAGGAAGAUAAGGACAAGGAUGGCAGUGUAGUGCCAUAGGUUAUAAACUU